AUGUUAAAAAUCUUAAUCCCAACAUUUAUGCUCUUCCCCACAAUCUGGCUUGUCCCAGGAAAAUGAUUAUGAACAGCAACAACCGCCCACAGCCUAGUUGUUGCUUCUGCAAGCCUGUCUUGGUUUAAGUGAUGUUCAGAAACAGGCUGAGUGGCCCCUAACCUUUAUCUGGCUCUCGACCCUUUAUCUUUUCCCCUAGCAGUUCUAACAUGCUGACUUGUCCCCCUUAUAAUCAUCGCUAGCCAAAAUCAUGUUGCUCACGAACCCCUAACCCGACAACGCACCUACAUCUCCUUGCUUGUUUCUCUUCAAGUGUUCCUGAUUUUAGCCUUUAGUGCUAUAGAUAUCUUAACGUUUUACGUAAUAUUUGAAGCCACAUUAAUUCCCACCUUAAUUAUUAUUACCCGUUGAGGCAGUCAGACAGAACGCCUGAGUGCCGGAACAUACUUCAUAUUCUAUACUCUCCUUGGCUCCCUCCCCCUCCUCGUUGCCCUCCUAUACCUCCUUAAUGAUACUGGUACACUCUCAAUGCACACCCUACAAUAUAUUCAAAUAACAAACCCCGAUACACUAGGCACUAUGCUAUGAUGAGUUGCCUGUCUCCUAGCUUUCUUAGUCAAAAUACCCCUUUAUGGGGUACACCUUUGGCUUCCAAAAGCCCAUGUAGAAGCCCCUGUCGCAGGAUCGAUAGUCCUAGCUGCCGUCCUCCUAAAGCUGGGCGGGUAUGGGAUAAUACGAAUAAUGGUGGUAUUAGGCCCCCUCACUAAAGAAAUGGCCUACCCUUUUAUUAUUUUAGCCCUUUGAGGCAUUAUUAUAACGGGCUCCAUCUGCUUACGUCAAACAGACUUAAAAUCACUAAUUGCCUACUCUUCAGUUAGCCAUAUGGGAUUAGUUGCAUCUGGAAUCUUAAUUCAAACCCCUUGAGGAUUUACAGGAGCAAUCAUCUUAAUAGUCGCUCAUGGCCUUGCCUCUUCAGCACUCUUCUGCUUGGCAAAUACAAGCUAUGAGCGAACACACAGUCGAACCAUAUUACUUACCCGAGGGCUACAAAUAAUUUUACCCCUGAUAGCUGCUUGGUGGUUCUUAGCCAAUCUAGCUAAUUUAGCCCUCCCCCCUCUGCCAAACUUAAUGGGGGAGCUAAUAAUUAUCGUAUCUGUAUUCAACUGGUCAUCCUGAACAAUCCUACUAACGGGACUAGGAACCCUUAUCACAGCCAGCUACUCCCUCCACCUCUUCCUAACAACACAACGAGGGCCCACACCACAACACUUCAUUUCAAUAGACCCUUCCCACACCCGCGAACACUUAUUAAUAGCCCUACACCUCAUUCCCCUCCUUCUCUUAGUAUUAAAACCAGAACUAAUGUGAGGUUGAUGCUUCU